UCCACCAAACUUUCUCCUCGCCUCAAUGGCGUCCUCCUCCUCUCCCAACCACGGUAAAAAAGCAAUCGUAAUCGGCGCCGGCGUAGGCGGAGUCUCAACCGCCGCCCGCCUCGCCGCCGCUGGCUUCUCCGUCACAGUCCUCGAAAAGAACUCCUUCACCGGCGGACGCUGCAGUCUCAUCCACCACGAUGGCUACCGCUUCGAUCAAGGACCCUCUCUCCUCCUCCUACCACAUCUCUUCCACGCCACAUUCGCCGACUUGGGGACGACACUCGAGAAAGAGGGCGUACAUUUAUUGAAAUGCGAACCGAAUUACAACAUACAUUUUGGAGAUGGAGAGAAGUUCACCCUCAGCACGGACUUGAGUGUGAUGAAAGAGGAGAUAGAAAAGUGGGAGGGAAAAGACGGAUAUGAUCGAUAUCUUGCUUUCCUGCGGGAGAGUCAUGCGCAUUAUGAAUUGAGUGUGACGCAUGUGUUGUUGAAGAACUUCACUUCGUUGCUGUCGAUGUUGCGGAUUAGUUUCUUGCAGCAUUUGGUUGCGUUGCAUCCGUUUGAGAGUAUUUGGUCGAGAGCGAGUCGGUAUUUCUGGACGGAGAGGUUGAGGAGGGUGUUUACGUUUGGGAGUAUGUAUAUGGGUAUGAGUCCGUUUGAUGCGCCGGGGACGUAUUCGUUGCUGCAGUACACGGAAUUGGCGGAGGGGAUUUGGUAUCCGGUUGGAGGGUUUCAUAAAGUGGUGGGGGCGUUGGUGGGGAUUGCGGAGCGAAUGGGAGCGGAGUUCAGACUGGAGACGGCGGUGAAGAGGAUAUGCGUUACAGCGGAUGGGGCACGCGCGACGGGAGUGGAGUUGGAGAAUGGAGAGGUUCUGGAGGCGGACGUGGUGGUGAACAACUCGGAUCUGGUCUACGCAUACAACCACCUCCUCCAACCUCAAGCCUACGCGGAGAGUCUCUCCGAUCGACCCGGCAGCUGCAGCAGUAUCAGCUUCUACUGGGCACUGGACAGAAAAGUCCCCGAACUCUCAGCGCACAACAUCUUCCUCGCCGACGACUAUCGCGAGUCCUUCGACAGCAUCUUCAAGAAACACCUCAUCCCCGACCAACCCUCCUUUUACGUCAACGUGCCCAGCCGCGUCGACUCCACCGCCGCUCCCGAGGGAAAAGACACCGUCGUCGUGCUCGUUCCCGUCGGCCACCUCACAGGCGAAGCCGCAGCAUCCCACUUCUCCCAACCCGCCUCCUCACCCUCCAAGCCCAACGGAGGAACCAUCAAGUCCGCCUCCCCCUCAACUCAGACCGGAAUCCCUCCAACCCUUGAUCAAGACUGGCCCGCCAUGAUCGCCCUCGCCCGCCAAACCAUCAUCAAAACCAUCCACCACCGCACAGGCGUCGACCUCCACCCCCUCAUCAUCCACGAACAGUCCAACGACCCGGUCACCUGGCGGAGCGCUUUCAAUCUCGACAAAGGCGCCAUCCUCGGCUUGUCGCAUUCCUUUUUCAACGUCCUCUGUUUCCGCCCCAGCACCCGCGCACGACGAGCUGGACCACUAGACCCUCUCCUCAAGUACCUCAGCGGAUUGUACAUGGUGGGCGCGAGUGCGCAUCCGGGGACGGGGGUGCCGAUUGUGUUGGCGGGGGGGAAGUUGGUUGCGGAGCAGGUUUGUGGGGAUAUGGGGGUUAGGGUGCCGUGGGUGGUGGAAGAGGGGAGGGGGAAGGGAAAGGAGGAGGUGAAGAAGUUGGAUCGGAUGGAGAAGCCGGAGACGUGGGUGAAGUGGGUGGGGAUUUUGAUUGCUCUGGGGAUGGUCCCUUGGAUUCUAGGGUGGGUGGUUGUGUUGUUUUUGGCGAAAGUAGCAAGCGUUGGUUGGUAA